AUGUCCUCUGUGAUGCCUCAGCCACAACAGAGGGAGGAAGGGGAGGAGGAAGAUGAAGAGCAAGGGUUUGUCGACAGUGCUGAUGAAGAGAAAGAGCCAGCGGAUUGUAAAGACCCUGUCUCAGACUCUGUAAAAGCCAGUCAAAAAUCAAACCAGUCAUUUAAGGAGGCUACAAACCCACCACAGGACAACACACUAACACCCACUGCACACUCACAACAGCACCUCAAUGCAAUGCCCCCUGCUGGUCAGGAGGACGCUCCCUCCCAGGGACAAUACUCCACAGCCUCUCCAGAUGUUCCAGUUAGCGACCCACGCAGGCGGGUCUCUGGCCCCGUUGAGCUGGUUGAGCCCAGUGCCGGAACACCCUCCGUGGGAGAGCAGGCCCAGGGAGGUUCUGGUCCUGGAGAGGCGUUACCUGUGGAGAAGCAGACUGACUGGGAGGACCAUCGUGUGGAGAUACCCAAGGAGAGCUCAAGUCUGAGGGAACACUCUGAAGAAGAUGUGACUGUUGCUGAGGCUGAGGCUGAUUCAGUGCCCCAGACAGGGAUCCUAGAGGUGAUCUAUGAUGACGUGCCCUGUGAGGGACCACUCUCUCCUGACGAAGGUGAGUUCUGGGGGGACAUGCUCUAUGAGGAUGUGCACAGAGAAGAAGGGCCACAGGGUGCAGGCAAUGAUUGGAGCUCCAGUGAUUUUGAGAGCUAUGAAGAGCAGUCUGAUACUGAGAGCAAGCUACCAACCCUCAGCAAGCAGUACUCUCCUGACCUGCGUUGGCUGAGGGAGCGUUGUGCCAGGACCAAACGUGAAAUAGUCAUGAGGCUGGGUGGCAAAAACAACUACAACACCAAGGUUCAUCAGCUAAUGAAGGCCGCCAGGAGUGGGACCAAGGAUGGACUGAACAAGACCAGAAUAGCCUUUAUGCGGAAAGUCUCCUUCCUGCACAAGAAGGACCACUCAGAGGAUGUGGAGGAUGACGCAGGGUACCUGGAUGUGGCUGUGUCAGAUGUGAAACAUCCUCCUGCACAGCUGAGCCCUAUGCCUGAGGGACUGAGCAGCCAGCAGGUGGUCAGACGUCACAUCCUGGGCUCCAUCAUUCAGAGUGAGCGCAGUUAUCUUGAAUCCCUCAGGAGAAUCCUUGAGGAGUACCAGAGCCCCUUGCUGGAGGCGAACCCACGCAUCCUGAGCCCACGGAAGAUCCAGCCUGUAUUUUACCGCCUACGGGAGAUCACUCAGUGUCACUCCAUGUUCCAGAUCGCACUGGCGUCACGUGUGGCUGAGUGGGACAGCAGUGAGAAGAUUGGGGACCUAUUUGUGGCCUCGUUUUCUAAGUCAAUGGUGCUAGAUGUUUACAGCGACUAUGUCAAUAACUUCACCAAUGCCAUGGCCCUCAUAAAAAAGGCAUGCAUGUCCAAACCAGCCUUCCUGGAAUUCUUAAAGAUGAAACAGGCGUCCAGUGUUGACCGGAUCACCCUGUACGGCCUCAUGGUGAAGCCCAUCCAACGCUUUCCCCAGUUCAUCCUAUUACUGCAGGACAUGCUGAAGAACACACCUAAGGGUCACGUAGACUGCCUGCCUCUGCAGCUGGCUCUGACUGAACUAGAAAUGUUGGCUGAGAAGCUGAACGAACAGAAGCGUGUGUCCGACCAAAUAGCUGAGACUCAGCAGCUAGCACGCAGUGUCAGCGACCGCUCGCUCAGCAAGCAACUGAACUCAGACCAGGGGUCGCUGGUGCUUUGUGAGACACUGAUUGAGACGGUGUAUGGGGAGCGAGGCCAGGUCCUGAAGUCUAAGGAGCGCAAAGUCUUCCUCUUCAACGAUAUCCUCAUCUGUGCCAACAUCAACGUCAAGGGGCCCCUUGAUAUCAGCAGCCUAGUCCCUGUUGGUCCUAAGUACACCGUGAAGUGGAGUGCCCCCCUGCUGCAGGUCCAGGUAGUGGAGGUGGGUCAGGAGGCCUCCCAGGAGACCCUGUUCCAACAUGGCGGUGCCAAGCACCCUGGCAUUGCCUGUCCCCCAGAGAAAGUGAUCCUGGGUCCUCCACGGUUUUACCAGGAACUCCAGGACCUGCAGCACGACCUGUCUGUGGUGGAGGAGGUCACACUACUGGUGGGAACACUACAGGGGACAUACCAGAACCUGAACACGACUGUGGCCCAGGACUGGUGUCUAGCUCUACAGAGACUCAUUCGGAUCAAGGAGGAUCAACUUCAGAGUGCCAACAAGUGCCGCUUACGCCUGCAGGUGCCUGGGAGACCAGACAAGUCGGGACAUCCCGUCAGCUUCAUGGUGGUUUUCAACACCCCCAGCCCCCUCAGCAAGAUCUCCUGGGUCAACCGGCUGCACCUGGCCCAGAUUGCGCAGCGAGAGGAGAACACACCAGGAUGGUUUUGUGCAGAGGAUGAAGGGAAGACCAUGUCACCAUUUUGGCCUUUACUGGCCUGCCGUGUGCCUGUCUUUACCACCAAAUCCUCGGACAGGAAGUUUGAAGCUGCCCUUCACAAUCCAGGACAGUUCUCUGCAGGGUGCACCUUGCUACCUGAAGGCUACCUCUGGGUGGCCAGCGGAGGAGAUGUCACCCAGGGGCAGGUGGAGAUAUUCUCCCUGAACAGGCCCACACUGCGCCCAGUGAAGAGCCUCCAGGUGGGGGCCCCAGUGAGGUGUCUGGAGUAUGUGCCUGAACCCAGACCCUCAGAGGAGGUGGAGGCUGUAGCCUUCAGGAGCUCUACUGGGGUGGGGAACACCAUCUGUUUGGGACUAGAUGAUGGAAGCAUCCUGGUGUAUGGCAGUGUGAACACUGAGGCCCAGUGCCUGUUGAACCUGCGGAACCCUCAUAGCUGUCCUGUUCUGUGCCUCAAACACUGCACCAACUUCUUGUUUGCUGGGCUCAGGGAUGGAACCAUGAUGGUCUAUGGAAGAAGUAAUGGAGGUGAGUUGUGGGAGCCAGACUCCAGCAGAACUGUUAUUGUGGGCCCAGAGCCGGUGAGGACACUUCUGGUACUGGAGGACUCUAUGUGGGCCAGCUGUGCCAACUCUGUGACCAUCAUCGAGGGCUCCAGCCUUGCCACCCAGAAGUUUGAGGUACACCCAGACCCCAUGGUGACUGUGGCCCAUAUGGUGCGGGCUGGGGGAGGAGUUUGGAUGGCCUUUAGUGAGGGCUCUUCUAUUCGUCUGUUCCACACUGAGACACUGGAGCAUCUGCAGGAAAUCAACAUCUCCACGCGAGUAUCUUUGCACAACCCAGGCCAGAAGAGCAUGCGUGUCACCAGCCUGCUCAUCCACCAUGGGCUGCUGUGGGUGGGCACUGUUCAGGGAAUCAUCAUCACUCUGCCCGUGCCUAAACUGGAGGGCAUCCCCAAAAUAACAGGAAAGGGGAUGACCUCUCUGAAUGCCCACUGUGGUCCGGUGGACUUCCUGGUGGCCACGUCCAGCACCCUGUCCCCAGAGCUACUGAAGAGGGAUUCUGUGGCGGACGGACCCGACUCUGCCUGCGGAGAGGAGGACCGCAGUUACUCCUCCUCCCAGGAGUCUCUGCCGCAAUCAGGCUCCUCCCAGGAGGGCAAGGGGCGGGGUGUGCUGCUACAGUACAGGUUGCGCUCCACUUCGGGGUUGCCAGGGCGACCGCUAACGGUGAGGGGCGAUGAAGCAUCGGACUCCUCCCUGGAGUCUUUGGAGCACAGCCUGGAGGACGGCUCAAUCUAUGAGUUCAAUGGUGACCCAGAGAUGUGGGUGCAGGGACGACCCUCUGAGCGGGACGGGGGGCACAGGGACAGAGUGAUUUCUGCAGCGGUCAUAUCUGGGGGCAGGGGUUUCCACAGACUGAGGGAAGGGACAACGGAGCGGGCGGGGGUGGAGUCUUCAGAAACAACCCUGAUGAUGUGGGAACUACCACUGACAGUGUGAUCUGGGUAUCAACACUCAGGCAGUGUAGAGGGGAGAAGCAGAUCUUUUCCCCAGCCCUGCAUCCUCUCCAUCCCGUAAUGCCAGGAACAUGUACCAUGUGAAAGCAGGACAUUAGUGCUGGCACAGAGCUCAAGGCCAGGCUGAUGACUCUUUGUGUUAGGGAGCUCCUGCAUGCUCCAUCUGAGGAAACCUGCUGGUGACCUGUGAGGCAUGGGGUACUGCCAUCCCAUUGGUGGAUCUGGAUGACCCUGCUUACUCAUUCUCAGCCACAGGCCCAGAGCCUUUCUUGUGACAGCUUAAACUGGUCCUCUCCCCUCCUUACAAGUAUGGAUAUGCAGAAAUCAAGCAUCAUCAGAGCUGACAGUGCUUGCCUCACACAUAUUUAUCUCCCACAGUUGACAGCCUUCCUUUGUGAGUAAGAAUUGACCACAUUUCUUUGAGAGUGACUCUUUGUUGAAUCUACCACGCUGCAGUGCCGAAGAUGGACCUCUUUUAUCUGAGGCCAUCUGUUUAGGGCUGAGAAAAGCUGAGAAACUACUGUAGGUGUUAUUUAGUUCUAUUAGUUCAGAAAACCUCAAGCACUCCCUGGCAAUGUGAAAUAUGUGAAAUGUCUGUCAAUGUGUCACAAGUGAAUCUGUGCUUUUAGAAAAAUGAAAGUGUGUUGGAUGCUGACUGUGAGU